AAUGUUUUAAUAUGGAAGUUGCAGUGUGUAGGUUAUAGUAUUGUGUUUAUAACUAUAUUUUACUUGGUGUAAGAUUGUGCUUUUAUACCAUGUGAUUAGAAUUGCAAACCAAAAAAAGUGUUAGGUAAAUGGAAUAAUUUGGUUAUGAAUGUAGGUAAAAGUAAUUAAAUGCCAGCCCAUGUGUUUGAAUAUAGGGAAUAUAACUGAAGACGAAGAUGGUGAGGACAACUCUAACAGAGAAAUAACCAGUGAGCCUCAGCCACCUGCCCCUAGUGAUAACUUUCUCACCGGACCCAAAGACAUCUCACAGUCCAAAGCCGAGAGCCCUGCCCAGCCCAGAUUGAAAGCCUUCCCACGGACACUACAAGGAGCUAGGUUGAGAUCGUUUAAUGAAACUUGGUACCAGUCAUAUAAAUGGUUGGAAUAUUCAGUAAUACAAGAUUCAAGCUUCUGUUAUGCGUGCCGGCAUUUUUCCUUGCCAAAUGCCCCACAGUCUGUCUUUACAUCCAUGUCUGGUUUCCGUAAUUGGAAAAAAGCCUUAUUCAAAGAUGCUGGCUUUAAGCUUCAUGCAAAGUCCAAGGAACAUGCCAGUGCUAUGUAUGCGUGGCUAGAACAUACAUGGGUUAUGGAAACUGAUUCCUCCAUGCUGCAUGCAAUAAAUAAAGACAGACAAAAGAAAAUAGAAGAAAACCAGAAAUACAUAAAAACUAUUGCAGAUGUGCUGUUACUAACUGCCACCCAGAAUAUUGCACAGAGAGGCCACAGAGAAUCAGCAGAGUCUCAUAACAGGGGCAAUUUCUUGGUAAUAUUGCAAAAAAUAGCAAAGCAUGAUCCUCAAAUACAGAAAUGCAUGAAUGCAAGUGGCAAUGCCAAAUAUACAAGCAAGAACAUUCAAAAUGAAAUUCUCGAUUGUUUGGCUGAAAUGGUACGGAGUGACAUCAUCAAGGAAGUGAGAGAAAGCCAGGUCUUCAGUUUACUAGCUGAUGAAACAAAAGAUCUUAGCAAAAAGGAACAGCUGUCCUUUGUUUUAAGAUAUUAUUAUGAUGGAGCUGUUCAUGAGAGCUUUUUAGACUUCCAGCAAGCUGAUAAAUUGGAUGCAGCAAGCCUGACCACCAUGAUCAUUGCUAGUCUUGAAAAGUAUGGUCUGGAGUACAGAUCCCAUCUAGUGGGACAAGGCUAUGAUGGGGCAUCAGUCAUGAGUGGGAGGCACUCGGGUGUGUCUGCCAGAAUUAAAGCAGAAGCAAAGUAUGCCUUUUAUGUGCAUUGCAGUGCACAUUGUUUAAAUCUUGUCCUUGUGGAUACAGUGAAAUCUGUGCCAGAGGCUGAUAACUUCUUUGCUGUUCUUCAGCGCCUAUAUGUUUUCAUUUCUGGCUCAUAUUUGCAUCAGAAGGGGAUAGAGGUUCAGAAGGAGAUGUAUGAGGGCCAACCCAGGGAACUUCAUCGUCUCAGUGACACACAAUGGACAUGUAGGCAGUCUGCUUGCCGAAACUUGAUUGACAGGCUUCCUGCUGUUAUUCGUCUUCUUGAGGACAUCACAAAUGAGAGCAGUGGGGACAGGGCAGUUGAUGCACAAUGUCUUCUUUCACAAAUUGAUGUUACAUUCAUUGGACUUUUGGUAAUCUUUAAUAAAAUUCUCACACACUCAAAGUUCUUGUCAGACAUGAUACAGUCACCAGGUGUGGACUUGGCAAAAGCGGUUGAACUUGUGGAUGUUCUGUUGGAGACACUGCAGAAUUACAGAGAUGAGGAUGCUUUUGAAAAGAUCUGGACUGAGGUGAAGACCACUUGUCAAAAAUGUGAAAUAAGUGUUACAAUGGCAAAAAAAGAGGCAACGGAAAGUUAGCUAUCAACUGGAUGGGUCCCUAGUCAUGUCUACUGUGGGUGUGCGCAGUGAACCAGGUGAUACUGACAGCUUUCGUCAAAGCAUCUUCUACCCCAUAUUAGACUGCAUGGUAGGUGAACUAAAGAGGCGCUUUUCCAAGCAAAACUGUGAAAUUAUGAAUGGCAUUCAAGCACUGCACCCCAAAAGCACCACUUUUCUGGAUGAAAAGAGCUUGUUUCCGUUUGCAAGAAUCUAUGAUUCAAAUUUGGAGGACCUGAAGCAUGAAAUCCAUCAAGUCCAGAAGCUAUUGGAAAGAAAGGGAAAAAAAGGAGUUGCAAAACCAUCUACUACUCUUGAGUGUGUAGUUUUUCUGGAGCCUUUCAAAGAUGUUUUUCAUGAGCUAUUCAGGCUUUUGAAGAUAGCAGUUGUCAUUCCGGUUAGCAGUGCCUCAUGUGAGAGAAGUUUCUCCACUCUAAAACUGAUAAAGUCUCAUCUCAG